GCAGGGGCGGACUGACCAUUUGGCACUGCCCGAGGGCCCGGGGUCAGUAGGGGGCCCCAUGAGAAGCCCCUGGUACCUUUUUUAUAGGCUUUUUUGAGUUUGAGCAAGGAUACAGGGGCCCCAUGAUCCCCUAUUGGCCCCAUGAGUUCUCAGUCCGUCCCUACGGAGUGAAAGUGCAAGAAAAUCCCAAAUUUUGGGUUGUCACCAGAAUGGGAAUAGAGGGGAAGUCUGCCAAUGGGUACAUUAGUUCUGGCGACCUUAGCGACAACCAGAGGUUCCAUCAUUUUAGAGCAGCCUUUUUCAAUCACCCUGGGGUGCCUUCA